AUGGACUCUGAUAGGAUUGGGGGCAACACAGAACCGAGUUCUGGGAACAUCAUGGUGCUGGGCCUGGAUGUUGGCUUGUCUCCUAAGUUCGGUGGCUGUAGGGCCGGCGUGGAUCUGUGGAUAGACGAAAUGAAUUACCAGGAAAUUGGAAACCACACCAAAGUGACCGAAUUCAUUCUCGUGGGAAUGUCCAAGGACCCCACAUCCCAGAGUGUUCUUUUCUGGGCACUGAUGUUUCUCUACAUACUAACUUUGGCAGGAAACAGCAUGAUCGUUUUCCUGGUGGGAGUCAGUUCUCAGCUUCACACCCCAAUGUAUUUCUUCCUUGGUAACUUGUCUUUACUGGAUCUCCUGUUCUCCACCAGUGCUGUACCCCUGACCAUGGCGAACUCCCUGCAGAACUAUCCCACCAUCUCCUACAGCUCCUGUUUUGCCCAGCUUGCCAUCCGAGCCUUCUUGGCACUGGCUGAGUGUUUCCUUCUGGCCAUUAUGGCUUACGACCGAUUCGUGGCUAUCUCAAAUCCACUCAGGUACAACUUGGUCAUGUCUUCUCGAGAAUGCACUUUAAUGGCUUUGGCUGUGUGGGUGACAGCCUUCCUGCUCACUGUCGUGCCCAUUCUGCUCUUCCCCAUCAGUUUCUGUGGGCAUAAUGCAGUCAAUCACUUCUCCUGUGAAGUCCAAGCCAUCUUCAAAUUGCUCUAUUCUAACACCAUUUCCCUAGAGGUUAUGAUGAUGGUAUGUGCUGUCAUUUCAAUGCCAGUACCUUUAACUUUCAUCCUUAUCUCUUACCUUUGUAUCCUCAGGGCUGUCUUAAGAAUCCAUCCAACUGAGGCUAGGCUUAAGGCCUUUUCCACAUGUGGUUCUCACCUGGUCGUGGUCACCAUCUACUUUGGGACACUAAUAUAUAUUUAUAUGAGACCACAGGCCAAAAAGUCCCAAGAUGAGGACAAAAUUGUCUCUAUAUUUUAUGCAGCAGUGACACCAAUGCUAAAUCCCCUCAUCUACACCCUGAGAAAUAAGGAUGUAAAAGCUGCUCUCAGGAGAGUAACUUGUGGGGCCAAGUCCUCAUGCUUCAAGCACACGACAGCCCGCUGGCCAGGCCUCAGUGCAGAGGCAGCCCUGUGCUCCCCAUGCAACCAGACGAACUGUGCUUUCCAGAAGGCCCUGAAGGAGGGACCCCGGCCAGGAAGGACAGGUAGGGCCCGGAAGUGGUGGCCCCACAUCCCUGACCGCCUGUCCCCAGGGCUGGGCCAUGUGCAGAGACUAGAGACCAUGAACUUGCACUGGCUCCCCACUGCCUACACUAUCCAGCCCAAGCCCCUUCGGCUGUCCCUCAGCAUGGGAGAGCCGGUCCCUGGCAGCUUCUGCUGUCACCACCUGUCAUGCUGUGUGGUCUGCACGUCGUCCAGGUUCCCCCUGGACUGGCGGCGGGAACGCACGGGGGCCCUCGGCCUGACGUACAGGGAAGAGGAGUUCAGGGCCGGCUGGUGCUAUGUGAGCUGGUCCAGGCCAGCCUCGGCACAGCCUCACGGCCGGUUUGGUGGGAACUCAGCACGUUCUAGGAGGCCUAACUUCGGGCCUCUUUGCAGGGACGCUCUGGGGAGUCCGGGUCGCGGCAGGCGCCAAGGGGCGGGGCCUCGCCAGGAGCCUCCGUCUCUCCAGGGCCCAAGGGAUCUCCCAGGGGCCCGUGGGCAGCAGGGCGGGCUCUGCGGGAACACAACGCAGGCCUGGCGCCUCACGGGUGGGCGGCCUGUGUGCGCAGGCGCAGUGCUCCUCCUGCGGUGCAUUGUGGGCGAAGGGGCGGAGCUCUGUGCGGUAGCUGCAUUCUGUCAGCCGCGCUCAGGGGAAGGCGGCGGGUGGAGCAGCCAUGCAGGCCGCAGAUGA